AUGGAGAUUCGCAUGUUCAAGGUCCAGGGUGUAGACUCAUCACGUGGGCAGAUGCGCCUUAAGGUGUGGGUGCGACUCGCUUGGAGUGACUUGCGCCUCAGCUGGGAUCCGGCCCUUUAUGGCAACAUAACACAGGUUCACUUUCGUACUCAGCCUCCCACAAAGGAUACAGAGAUUUGGGCACCAGAUGUGCAGGUAUAUAAUGCCAAUGAGGGCAACGCAGCCACUCUGGAUGAGUCCCUGGCCACAGUUACCUCGGAUGGCUCUGUUUUUUGGAGCCGGCCAGGGAUUCUCGAUACUCUGUGCAAAUUCUCUGGAUUAGUGGCCUUUCCUUUCGACCAUCUGUCAUGUGCUAUGGAAUGGGGUGGAUGGAGCUGGUCCGGGGGGUUCCAAGGCAUCAUGUUGCGCGGGGAAGGUUACUCGGAAUCCACUUCAGAGGACACAGCAGGCUCCUCGUACCAAGAGUACAGCAUCGACGCUGUCAGUGUCCAGACCAAAACGAAUUUCUACGACGCAUAUCCCAGUGAACCUUGGACACUCGUGAAGUACACGGUGCAGCUUGGCCGGGCGUCUUUUUACUACAGCUUGCUGAUCAUUCUUCCUACCACACUGCUCACCUACCUCUCCUUCGGAGUGUUCUUCAUGUCCCACGAGGUGGGGGAGCGGCUGUCCUUCGGCAUCACGCUGGUUUUGGUGAUCGAGGUGAUGAAGACGACCGCGGCCUCCUUUGUCCCGGUCUGCGGCGAGCUUCUGUGGAUCGACCUCUUCAUGCUGGUGAGCACGGUGUUUUGUUGUGCAAGUCUACUGGAGACCAUGACAAUCCUUUUCUUGGCUUUCCACGUGGAGCAGCACGUUCUUCCAAGUUGGCUUGCAUGGGCGGCACCUUGGUUCCUCUGCCGGUCUGACUCCAAUAAUAAUAUUCUUGUCGAGUCACAAGCUGGCCGAAUCUACCGCCAGCUCAACCGGGAGAACUCUGACAGGUUGCAGGCAAGCACUGCCAAGCUUCAGAAGGGUGCGAAGAUGGAGGAGCUCUCGCAGUGGAAGUUUUCUGAGACGGACACAGAACGCUUAAUCUUCUUUGAGAACCUCUUUUAUUUGUUGGACUCGGACUCAAAUGGAUUGAUUACCACAGAGGAAGCUGCCACCAUGCUAAGCUUUGUAAACUUGAGCCUCUCGCGGACCACCCUUGAAGAGACAUUGGAUGAUGCCUGGGAGCCGAAGCGUCUCUUCGACUGCGGGGACUUCCUCGAGAUUUGCGUGGAGCUGAUGUGGACCACUCCCUUCAAAGAGAUCAAGCUCGGCGCUGAGAACUACAUCAGCUCGCAAAAUCGGCAUGCGAAGCGCUGCCACACCUACUGGCUCAAGUGGUCGAGGACUGUUGACAAGUGGUCUCGGUUCUGGCUACCACUUCUCUACACGGUGGCUCUUGGCAUUUUGAUGAACUUGGAGUUGACGGACAACUACGGCGCUGGUGAGGGCGGCACGAAGAUGUUCGAAGGGUUCGGCCCGAUUAGCAUGUCAACGCCUGGCAUACUUCAAGCCUUGAUCACCCCGGUGGUCGGACUGAUCUCCAUCAUCACAUGGGUGCAAAUGCGUCGCGCAGCCCAUCAGUGGAAGGCGCAGCAGAAAGCGGCCAUGAAGAUCAGGGACACGGUUCCUGACGACGCGUCGCGAUCGAAGCCGCGCUGGACGGUGAGGUCGACAGUGAGGUCGACGCCAACCAUUGAGUCGGACUCCGAGAUGGAGGAAAGUGAUGAGAUGCAGACUGCCAAUUUUCACGACGACAUGGUCUGA